CAUCUCAGAAUGACUCCCUUGAGAGUCCUGUUGCCCUUUUAUUAACACACAGACCCAGAAGACCCCUCUGUCCUGUAGCACCUGCCAUGAGCAUUGAGCUUCUGUGUUGUGUGGCCUUUUCUCUCCUGUGGACAGGUCCAGUGAAUGCUGAUGUCACUCAGACCCCAAAAUUCCAGGUCCUGAAGACAGGACAGAGCAUGAUAGUGCAGUGUGCCCAGGAUAUGAAACAUGACUACAUGUUCUGGUAUCGACAAGACCCAGGCAUGGGGCUGAGACUGAUUUAUUACUCAGUUACUGCUGGUAUCACUACCAAAGGAGAAGUCCCCAAUGGCUACAAUGUCUCCAGAAUAAACACAGAGGAUUUCCUGCUCAGGCUGGAGUCGGCUGCUCCCUCCCAGACAUCUGUGUACUUUUGUGCCAGCAGUUACUCCACAGCGUUACAAGGCUGUCUCCUCUCCACACAUGAAAGCAGGGAGGCUCUGCCCUCCUCCCCCACCCAAGACUCAGGGAUGACCUGGGCAGAGUUUUCUGGAACAGGAACCUUGGAACCCCAAGUGGCCCCAACUGGCCCAGAUAGUAUGAACCUCGCUCUGUGCCAGGUGCCUCUGCAGGCAGUCUCAGCCAGGCCUGGGCUGAUCCCAGGUCCUCAGAUGUCUCCUUUGUUGCUCUCUCUGGUCUAUCCUCCGAGCUCUCCUUUAGGGGUUGGGCUAGGGCUCCCUCAGCUCCUACUUUUCAACUCAUCAUCCUGAGUCUGAGGCCCCCAGGAUGAAACAGGAUUUGUAUUUCACAUCCAUCUAGACUCCCAUCUCUCCCUGGUGACCAUGUUGCUUCCUGUCUCUAGGGUUUCCCCUACUCCCCACCCUCCUAUGGCCCACCUUUCCCAUCUCAGCAGUCAUCUUCCACCUGCCACCUCCCCGCCCCUCUCUACUGCAGUCAUGGGGGGAACCCCUCUUCUGUGACUCCUUCCUUCCCAUCACAAAGACUUCAAAGGCCAUUUCCUCUGCCCUGGGCUGGAGCCUUCCUUUAUCUAGUGGCCAGCUCCUACCUGUGCUUCAGAUCUCAGCAUGAUCAGCCCUCCUGCGGGAAGCACUCCCUCCCCUCCCAGCUGAGAUCAACUUUCCUCUCAUAAGCUCUCAUAGAAUCAUGUGUCUGUUAGUAAAAUUUAGCACACUUGGGCUUUCUCAGAUACUUGUUCUGAUUAUUUUUGUGCUCCCCCCAAUUUUUUUUUUUUUUUAUUUAGACAAAGUCUCA